ACCGACUGAUAGCUGGAGUCCACACACUGGAAAACGAUUUGUUUUGAUUGAACUUUUUAGUAUGUUAAAGUGAUUGUACUUAUAAACACCAUAGUCGCACGGACAAGAAAUUUUCAGUUUCUUUGUAAUUCAACGUUUAUCGCUAAAUGAUAUGUAAUUGUGCCGGACGGGUAAUGCAAUAAGUGGCUGUGUGCAUAUAAGUAUCAGGAGUAUUGCUAAAUAAAAAUUGAAAAGCUGGUUUGGUUAUUCGAUCAAAAUUGAAAAUGUGUUGGGAGAUGGUACGGUUAACGUAGAUCGGACGGAAACUCAAGGAGUUAUUUUAUUGCAUGAACUGAUGUAGCAGAAUCAUGUUUGUGUUUAUUGAUUUUGUGUUAUCGGUGGUAUUUAGCGUUAAAUUUGCCGUGUUUCUGUUGGCCUCUGUCGGCGCCUAUGCAAUAUGUUGGUGGUUAAUUGAUAAUUUAAGCUCGGUGGUUCAAGUGGUUAGAACAUUGUUACAACCUUAUUUUCAACCGCAAGAGGAUUUAUCGCUUAUUGAUCGUUAUGGCAAUUGGGCGGUUAUUACCGGCUCGACGGACGGCAUUGGAAAGGAAUAUGCACGCGAGUUUGCCAGCAAAGGAAUUAACAUUGUUUUGAUAUCACGAUCUCAAUCGAAGCUGGUGCAAGUAGCUAAUGAAAUUGAAAAAGACUAUCCAGUGAAAACCAAAUGGAUUACAGCCGAUUUUAGUGAGGGAGAAAAGACUUACAAGCACAUUGAACGAGAAUUGGCAGGAAUUCCAGUCGGCAUUCUUGUUAACAAUGUUGGACGCAUGUAUGACUUUCCGGACGAAUUAGGAAAAAUAUCUGAAGAGCUUUUGUGGAAUCUCAUUAACGUUAACAUUGGAGCAGUGACUAUGAUGACAAGGAUACUUAUUAAUGAUAUGAAAACUCGUGGUAAAGGUGCCAUUGUGAAUAUAUCGUCUGGAAGCGAACUACAACCAUUGCCGUACAUGGCGGUUUAUGCGGCUUCGAAGGUGUACGUAAAAAACUUCACCCUAGCCAUACAACAUGAAUUUGCUCCGUAUGGCAUAACCGUGCAAUUGGUGACUCCAAUGUAUGUCAAAACUAAAAUGAACAAUUACUCAUCGUCGGUGAUGACAAGCGGAAAUAUUCUUAUACCAAAUGUGCGGACCUACACAAAAUCAGCUGUAUUUUCGUUAGGAAAAACAAGUGAGACAACCGGCUAUUGGACGCAUGGCAUCCAGUAUGGAGCAAUGAAACUUAUACCGACUUGGUUGCGAACGAUUGUGGGCAAAAAAAUGAAUGAACAAUUUCGUGAAGAGUAUUACCAAAUGAACGGUGGUGAUCCAUCGGCUUUAUCCCAAUAAAUUAGAUUUAGAGUUGAAAAGUCCUGAAUUUAAUUUUUGUAAGUAUUUACGUCGAAAUUUAGGGUUUAAAUUAAAUUGAGGUGUGCGUUGCAUCUACUUUCGUUGAAUAUUUAAGUAUUUUCGUGA